AUAACGAAACACACACUAAAUCGGAAAAUCAAGUGGCUCCCACUUCUCUCUCUACCCAUAAGUAUAGAAACCAAACAAUUUCUCUGAACUUCCCGUAAAUGCUUAUCGGCGAUGGCAUCGUCUCAAGAAAAACGACACCGUUCAAUCUUCGAACUUCCAUCAAACUACUUCGACUCGUGUCGUCUUCUUCCUUCUCCUCACUCUUCACUUCCCGACCACCACACCCAAACCCUUCAACCACCCUCAAACGACGCCGUUGAUGAUAUUCAAAACGCCGUCGUUUCGGGUCCUAGAUUGACCUGCAAUACUUGCAAGGCUCACUUCGAUUCUCUUCAAGAUCAACGUUCGCACUUCAAAUCAGAUAUUCAUCGAUUCAAUGUGAAGCUGACAAUUGCUGGAAAAAAUAUUGUGAAGGAAGAGGAUUUUGAGGAUUUGACAUCUGAUUUUGUCAAAGACUAUGACGUGUCAAGUAUAUCUGGAUCAGAAAGUGAUGACGACGAUGACAGUGAAAAUGAGUCUCGUAGUCAAAAUCUAGUGCCUAAUAAAUCAGGCAUAAGCUUAAAACAAAAGCUAUUUGUCUCUCUUCAGACAGGGCAAAGAGUUUCUGUAUGGAAGUCUUUGAUUAUGAACGUGAGCGAAAAUGUGGUGUAUGAGGAUGAGCAAGUGCAGAAAAAUUUGGUGGAAAGGUUGAAAUCUCUGACGGUUGAACCUAGUGAUAAGACCCGUUUGAGGAUCGUUCUGCUUGCAUCUGGUGGGCACUUUGCUGGUUGUGUCUUUGAUGGUGAUACAGUUGUGGCUCAUAAGACAUUUCAUAGAUAUGUUGUGAGGGCCAAGGCUGGAAAAAAACAGUCAGCUAAAGAUGCUUCUGGCAGGACCGUACAUUCUGCUGGUGCUUCACUUCGUCGCUACAACGAACUUGCAUUAAAAAAGGAAGUUCACGAACUGCUUACUGCUUGGAGACCUUAUUUUGAUGCUUCCAUUUGCAUUUUUAUACACGCACCUUCAAGUAGUCGCGAACUGCUUUAUGAUGGAGAAAAGCCAUGUUUUACCAAUCCGCAAUGUGUUAGAAAUAUUGCUAUGAUUGUCCGCAGGCCAACUCUCAGAGAAGCAAAACGCAUCUAUGGCCAGUUGACCUUAGUAUCCUAUGAAGCAGAUGAGAAGGAAAUUUUACAAAGUAACCAACAGGACGGGGUGCCAAUUCGCAAAGCUAAAAGAAAUGGCGCCCCAACUGUGAGUAAAGUGGACAUCGCUGGGUUGGAUGAAAACGACAAAGCUGAAGUUUGUUCUAGUAACCAAAAUGAUGAACCUCUUAUUUUAAGUGAUGACAUAAGUGAGAAUGAGUUACCUGUUAUAUCAACUCCUUUACAUCAAGCAGCACAAUCGGGUGACUCUGAAAAGGUUAUGGAACUCUUAGAACAGGGCUUAGAUCCAUGUGUCAAAGAUGAAAGGGGACGGACGCCAUAUAUGUUGGCACCUGACAAGGAAGUCAGGAACACUUUCAGAAGGUUUAUGGCUUCAAAUCUCGACAAGUGGGAUUGGAAUGCUGCAAAAGUGCCUAGUGCAUUGACUAAAGAAAUGGAAGAAUCACAAGCUGCUAAGCAGGCAGAAAAAGAUGCUAAGAGAAAAGCUAGAGCAAAAGAAUUAAAGAAAUUACGUAAAGCAAAAGAAAAGAAGGCUCAGGCUGAAGCUGCUGAAAAACAAAAGAUUGCUUCAACAUCUGCUACAGGACAAUCUCAAUCAAAAAGUGGUGUGAAAUUAUCGAAAGCGGAGGAACUAAAAAGAGCACAGGAUGCAGAAAGAGAAAAGAGAGCAGCUGCUGCAGAAAGAAGAAUGGCUGCCCUCAAAAUUCAAGCUAGUAAUUCAACCACUUCAGCUAAUAAUAGUGGAUUAGACGGUGACAUAUUAUGUUCCUGUUGUAAUUCAUCACUUGCUGGUAAAGUUCCUUUCCACCGGUAUAAUUACAAAUACUGCAGCACUUCAUGCAUGCAUGUACACAAAGAGAUCCUAGAAGAUGGAUGACAAUGGAUUCCCAUUAUUUCUCUGUAAUUCUUUAUGCAAGUUAAGAUUGCUCCCAAUAUCCAUUUGUUCAUUAUAUACUAGAUCAGAAAAAAAGGCAAAGAAUGGUUACAUUUAUUUAGAGGUUUUUUUUGCUAUGCUUUGUCAAACAUGAAACAUAGUAAAAAUAUUUAUGUUUCCUGCA